AUGUCCAACUCAACCCCCCACCACAAGAUCUUCUCCAUCCCCGAGCUGGUCGAAGCGAUCCUCCUCGAAACCGAUCCCCGCACACUCCUAACCUCCGCCCAGCGCGUCUGCCGGCUCUGGAACGAUCUCAUCAAGAACAAAGACGAACUUCAACAAGCUCUCUUCUUCAAGCCCUCGCGCAAAGCAUCCAGCCGCCAUGGACACCGACAAAUGAACCCGCUCAUCCCUCGCCUCUGGCACGAACUCUUCCGACGGAAAGGGUUCGCCACCCCCAAGUACUUCCUGCCUCUUGAUCCCAUCAAAGCUGAGGCCUACCAGCGGCCCAACGCAAGCUGGCGGCGGAUGCUUCUCUACCAACCACCGGAGUACCGCCUAGGGAUCAUCGAGUACGGGAUAUGCAAUAAUGAUGCCGAGUCCGCUGAGUUCUCGGAGUUGAAAAUGCAGAUGGACGAGACGGGGUUAAGACUACGCCAUAUAAACGAACUCCUUGAAGACGGACGACUCGUCGCUGGCUGCGACCCGCUGAUACUAUGGACGAGAUUCGGUCCGCUUGGGUUGAAGCACGCCGAACGCAAAUAUCGGGAUGAACGGCAACUGAUGAAAUCGAAAUACGCGCUUGAAUGCGACGUCUUCGUCUUCUGCUAUAGCUGCGAUAUGCUAGCCAAAAAUUACCGCAACCAGAGCUGCAUGGAGGGAGUUGAAAAUGGGGUUGAAAAUUGGGUGCGAAUGGCUGUGAAGGCAAAUGGACCUUGUCCGAGGUAUCGCAAUAGGGAGCCUUUAUGGGAGGAUGAGGAGGUGUGCGAAGCGUGA